ACAACCAAUGUUUUAAGCAAAAAACCCAUAUUAUUCUUUCUCUACUAAUUCCCGGGUCUACUCGACCCGAACCCGCAGAGUCCCACUCUCGUUUCUCUCCGAUCAAAUGCUUCGCUCUCAAGUUUCGUUUCUCACCGCGAAGAACCCACGCGCCACCGUGGUGGGUUGCAUCCGCCACAAAUCAAGCGGCGGAAGAAGGCCGAAGAAAAAAACCUACCAUCGUGUCCCGGAGCUAGACCGAGUAAUGGAGCUUCGCAAGAAGCCAUUGAUGAUCCUCCAACUCAAAACCCUAAUCCAAUCGCAACCCAGAAACUCCCCUCUCUUCCUCCGCGACCUCGAGAAGAACGUGGGGUUCGUCCGCAAAUGGGACUUCAUGGCACUCAUCGAGAGGCACCCGACGAUUUUCCGUGUCGCCGGAGCUCCGCCUUCCGUUUCGCUCACCGACAAGGCUCGCCGGGUGGCGCAGGAAGAAGUACGGGCUAGGGAGUUGAUGGAGCCGGUGUUGGUUACUAACCUGAGGAAGCUGCUCAUGCUCUGUGUUGACUGCAGGGUUCCCCUUGAGACGCUGGAGCUUGUUGGGGCUGAGUUGGGUCUUCCCUCUGAUUUUGAGGAGUGUUUGAUUGCUAAGUACCCUCAGUUUUUCGCAAUCAGGCGUGUUCGUGGAAGGGAUUUUCUUCACUUGGAGGAUUGGGAUUCCUCUUUGGCUGUCACUGCUAGAGAAGCUAGGUUGGCACAAGAAGGAGUUUUGAACACAAAGCCUAAUCAGGAUCAGAGGAAAGUGAAGAUUUCAAGAGAUGGCAACUAUGUUGGUCCAUUUGCAUUCAAAGUGAAUUUUCCUGCUGGUUUUAGACCAAAUGUUGGUUACCUUCAGCAGCUUGAGAGGUGGCAGAAGUUGGAGUUUCCUUCUCCUUAUUUGAAUGCGAGGAGGUUUGAUGUUGCGGAUCCAAAAUCUCGGAAACGGGCCGUGGCAGUGAUCCAUGAGCUCCUCAGCUUGACCAUGGAGAAGAGGCUGACAUCUUCACAGUUAGAUGCAUUUCAUUCGGAGUGUUUCUUACCUUCGCAGUUGCUGCUUUGCUUGAUAAAGCAUCAAGGGAUAUUUUACCUCACUAAUAAAGGUGUACGGAGUACCGUCUUGCUCAAAGAUACAUACCUUGGUUCCAAUUUGAUAGAUAAGUGUCCUUUGUUGGAAUUUAAUAAUAAAUUUGUGGCACUUUGUGGUAGAAGAAAUACUGAUCUAUGUGACAGCAACAAUUCUUUACAAACCAAGGUGUAGAAGUUGAAUUUGAUAUUUCUGUGGUAUCAGAGCUGCAUCCCUUCCGUUAUGAGAAAGCAUAAGGAAAUUUAAAAUGGAAUUGUUUGCAGUAGCAAAAGGCUACCAUUCCUGAUAAUUUCACAGAAAAUUGAAUUUGAUUAUUCUAAUUGUUGGCACCUUGCAAGCAUCAAGAUGGAGGUGAUGUAGAAAGUUUGAUCAUGUCUAAUUCUGACCAUGAAAAUGGUCUUGGUUCAUUUAGUUGGUAAUUUGCUCUGCCAAACCGAUAUAUAUGUCCUCCAAUAAUUUAAUGAUGAACCUUUCCCAGAUGAUAAAAAAUGGUAUUUAGCAGAUUUAGGAGUGGUAGGAUUUAGAGUACCAUUACGCUUUCAAUGCUUUAGUUUGAGUUAUUUAACGUUGGAAGACUUUGGCUCUUGAAUGGAAGACUUUGGCUCUAUAUGUUGACAUACCUCACAUGAGAUCUUACCUUGGAGUUCUCCUCUAAAUGCAUAUGUGGCUGACACCAAUUGUUUUGGAUGUGUUUCCCACUUGUAUGAAUGUUUACCAUACUGAAUUAGCCAUCAGUUCUGGUGCGGCAACUGUUCUUGAUAAUGAGGAAGCUUGAUACCGCAGAUCUGUAAGCUCGAAAACAGGACAUGGCAAUGAUUCAUGAGGUCCUGAGCUUGAUCAUGGAGAAGAAGCUGAUGCUUGCACAGCUGGAUUCAUUUCAUGGGGGCAGUGUGUUUUGCUGUUACAGACUUGCAGUUUGCUGCUUUGUUUGAUAAUGCAUCAAGGGAUAUUUUACCUCACUAAGAAAGCUGUACAGAGUACUGUCUUCCUCAAAGAUGCAUAUCCUGAUUCCAAAUUGAUAGGUAAGUGUCCUUUGUUACAUUUUAAUGAUAAAUUUGUGGCUCUCUAUGAUAGAAGAAGUAGUUUUCUGUGGCAGUAGCAAUUCUUUAUAGAGGCGUAGAAGUUGAAUUUGAUUUUUCAGUGUUACUGGUGCUGCAUCUCUUCCUAUCUAAGAAAGCAUAAUGAAAUGUAAAAUGGAAAUGUUUGCAGUGUAAAGGAUAUCAUUCCUUUCAUGAUCUUGAUAAUUUCACAGAAUUUGUUAUUGAAUUUGAAUAUUCUAAAUUUCUAA